UCAACCACCUAUAUCCGGGGAGACAAUCGAGGCAAAUGAGACACCCGUCCAGGGCGUCAUGCCCUUCACCGAUUGGUCCUUGUUACUCUCUCAGCCCUAUGGCGACAUCCCGUGAGCAAACAGGUAUAACUAUCCCCGGGAUUCUUUAAAUCGAGAUCCAAGGAAUGCACAUCCGCUAUACAGACCAGCCCUCUCAUCGAAACUACAAUUAUCUGAGGUGAACAGAACUAGAGCAACAUGACGAACUCCCACCCAUACAUGACCCAUCGCGGUGCCCAAGCCAUGGCCGUCAGCAUCAUUUUCACAAGCCUGGCAACAAGCUUCGUCCUCGCACGUCUGUACACUCGAAUCUGGAUAAUGAAGCGCACUGAAGCGAAUGACUGCAUGAUUUUGGUUGCUUUGGUAAACUCAUUCAUCUUCAUGGCCCUCUUCCUCCUCGAAUCCCUAAACGGCAUGGGCAUGCCCAUAGCCCAAAUCCCACCCGCAAUCCUAACAACCCAAAUGAAAGCCUUCUGGGCCACAAUCCCCUUCUACAACGCGGCCGUCCUCACCGCAAAAGCCACAAUCCUAAUGCAAUACCACCGCGUCUUCCCAACGUGCCGUAUGCGCCAUAUCUCCUGGACUAUGAUUGCGCUUCUCGCCACAUACGGGACGUGGUGCGUGCUGAGCGCGUUUUUGAAUUGUAUUCCCGUGGCCAAGUUCUGGGAGCCGACGAUUGAGGGGUUUUGUUUGAGUCAGAAGGGGUUGUGGUUUUCGAAUGCGGGGAUGCAUAUUGCUACUGAUCUUGCGAUACUGGUUAUUCCGGUGCCGGCGUUGGUGGCGUUGGAGUUGCCGAGGAGGCAGAAGGGGGCGCUUAUUGCGAUUUUUGCGUUGGGAGGAUUUGUCUGCGUAACAAGCAUCUGCCGCCUCGUCGCACUCAAGACAAUCGCCGACUCCUCAGAUCCAACCUACGACAACGUCGCCGCGGCCUCCUGGUCCGCCGUCGAAUGCAACGUCGGCAUUAUCUGCGCCUGUCUUCCUACCCUUCGUCCAUUGAUCUCUCGUAUGAUGCCUCGUUUGCUCUCGACACUCAGUGGCACUGAUACUGCUCGGUUGUCUUGUGGACAGGCCCCGACACACGAUGCGGAGUAUGGGAAUGGAGGAGAUGGGGCUGCUCAAGAGGCGGAGAAGGUGCUUGCGAUGGUUCGGGGGCAUACGCCUGAGAGUGGAAACGGGGUUGAUAUCGAGAGGUAUAUGUCGGUACAGGAUCAUAAGGAGGCUCUUGUGAAGUCCGAGGCGACCAUAGGGUCUUUGUCGUCGUCGUCUUCUUCCUCUUCCCCGAGGAAGUAAGGUUGGACAUUGCCAUGAUUAUGACUUUUCACGUUUUGGCUUUCAUUUUCGUGUAUUAUUUCGGUUUUGUGCUAUUGACGAUGUAUGAUCAUGUAUAAUUAAUCAACCUUGAAUUCAGA